CUGAUCCCAACGUCGACGCCUGUUACUUCUUUGAAAGGUGUCCUGAAAAUGAGGGGCAACCUUCUCAAUCCUGGUUACAAGUCUCGUUCUGAUGGAAAAUGGACAGUCAAAACAUUACAACUACCGGUGCCUAACAAUGACACUGUCUCCAAGGUCAGAGCAAGGGAUGGUGAUAAAUGCAUCAUCACUGGCCUACAAAGUUCGUUGUUCCAUCCGUUGAUCGUCACGCCUAUUCCUCGCAUUUGGCCAGAUUUCCAUGACUUGCUAAGUAAUACCGGCAAUGUUGAUGGUCCUCAGAACUACCUACUCGUCCGCCGCUUUGCUGCACUUGCAUUUUCGCAAGGCUAUUUCAGAUUCAAAUUUUCCUGGGAUCCAAAUGUAUUAACCUCUUCAAAACGGUUUCUGAAUUUUGUGAAGUAUAGCAUUUGGCAAGUCCUUGUUGGUGGCUCCGAUAAGCCAUCAAUCAUAGACAAGCUACCGAUGACCAGAAGGGGCUGUUUCAAGGACUAUUCAGAGUCCGGAAAUCCCUUCCCUCAUAAAUCCCUACUAGAGGUGUUCUCUCGAUUUGCGAAAGCUAAUAGUUGGUAUCGAGUCUCUACAGUUAUUGUUUUGAAACAACAAAAGCCCCCACCGGUCAGCACCAAGCCUCCCCAGUCAUUCAGCUAUAAUCUAUCGGAAUAUGGUGCGGGAAUAUAUUCUGCAUUUUGUCGUUUGAUGCCGUCCAGAGUCAGAGCACAGAUUUAUCGUGGCAUGUGGCAUCUCGGGGCAUAUCUAUACGGAUUGUCAUCCAGCUCCAAUGUGUAG